UAAGUAGCCUGCUCCUGAAUCUUGUCUGCAUCAACAUCUAUCACACAAAAAGAAACGUUUGAAUUAUUGGACCUACGUGUAGCCUACCAAUCGGCCCCCCACCCUCUCUGCUUUUCUCCUUCUGCCAUUGGCUGGCACGCGGCAGGCUCCGGGAUGAUGAUGCUUUGAAAGGGGAGUAAACUGCGAGCGCACGUCUCUCCUGCUGCGCACACACGCACAGCAAAAGUGAAGUGAAGAUGCUUUUCCCUCUUCGAUCAGCAGUCCAGUCCACAAGCCAUUCAAUUCUUCGUCUCUCUAUACUUCAGCUACAAGAGAGUCCAACUGUCCCCUUCCCUGGUUUACAGGAGGAACUUGUGCAGCUCGAAGGAGGCGCGAGGAGCCACGAGACAUCCAGAGCGCCAUCACUUUUAUAGCGUAUCCGUGGAGAGCUACGCGUCGGUAUGGGUGCGCUGACAAAAGGACGUUUCCUUUUCACCGUGGGCAUCCUGCUGCUUGUAAACUGCACAACAUCCGUUGUCUCCAAAGGUGCUACAGUUGCUCAAUCUGAUAGCUCGCCUUCAGUGCAGAGCACCCUGCCACACUUCAUCCAGGAGCCAGAGGAUGCCUACAUUGUUAAAAGCAACCCUAUCAAACUCCGUUGUCGUGCCACACCUGCCUUACAGAUCUUCUUCAAAUGCAAUGGAGAGUGGGUGCACCAGAAUGAACACUCAUCCAAGGAGUAUAAGGACCUCAAUACUGGGCUGAAAGUGCGUGAGGUGAUGAUCAAUGUGUCGCGCCAACAGGUGGAGGAUUUCCAUGGGCCUGAGGACUUUUGGUGUCUCUGUGUGGCCUGGAGCCACCUUGGCACCUCCAAAAGUCGGAAAGCUACUGUACGCAUUGCCUACCUGAGGAAAAACUUUGAGCAGGACCCCCAGGGGAAGGAGGUGCCAAUCAACGGGAUGAUUGUUCUGCACUGUCGUCCUCCGGAGGGAGUCCCUGCAGCGGAGGUGGAAUGGCUGAAAAACGAGGAGCUGGUGAGUUCCCUGACCGACGGCAACAUUGACACCCGAGCCGACCACAACCUCAUCAUCAACGAAGCACGUCUGUCUGACUCGGGCAACUACACAUGUCUGGCCAGCAACAUCGUGGCAAAGAGACGCAGCGCCACAGCCACUGUGAUAGUCUUUGUGAAUGGCGGCUGGUCGCUGUGGACUGAGUGGUCACCCUGUAAUGUACCAUGUGGGCGGGGCAUCCAGAAGCGAUCCAGGACCUGCACUAAUCCUGCACCCCUGAAUGGUGGGGCCUUCUGCGAGGGAAUGUCCGUGCAGAAGAUCACCUGCAAUGCACUCUGUCCAAUUGAUGGAGGCUGGGAUGAGUGGAGCGAAUGGACAGUAUGCAACAGCCUGUGCGAGAGGCAGCGGAGUCGGGAGUGCAACUCUCCAGCACCCAGACACCGAGGCAAGAUGUGUGAAGGGAACAGCGAGGCCAUCGAGAACUGCACAGAUGGACUGUGUACCCAGAAUCGAAAGCUGCUACAUGAUGUAAAACCUCAAAGUAUGGAGAGCUCCAAUGAUGUGGCGUUGUACUCCGGCCUUGGAGCUGGCAUCAUCGCCGUGGCAAUCCUGGUUGUGGCCGUCAUGCUGUACCGGAAGAACCACAGCGAGUAUGGCGUGGAUGUCAUCGACUCCUCAGCUCUCACCGGGGGUUUCCAGUCUUUCAACUUCAAAACUACAAGACAAGGCAACCCGCUGCUUCUCAACUCCUCCAUGCAACCUGACUUAACAGUGGGACGGACGUACAGCACUCCCCUCUGCUUCCAUGACAGCGCGGACAAAGAGCUCUUUGACCCCCUGCCUGACAUCAAGGUCAAAGUUCAGAGCUCCUUCAUGGUUUCGCUGGGUGUGGCCGAGCGUGCCGAGUUCCAUGCCAAAGCUCCUGCCGAGACCUUCCCGCGAGACCUGAGCCGCGACUACUGCAGCAGCUCAAUGGACAGGCGCAAGAAAGGCCUGUUCACACUCAAUGGACCCCUCAGUGCCAGCAAAGAGCGGCUGAGGACAGACGGUGUGUUUGGACACCCUGGAGGGCGGCUAGUGGUACCAAACACAGGGGUCAGCCUGCUGGUGCCUCACGGAGCCGUGGCUGAAAAUAUGUCCUGGGAGAUGUACAUGAUGAUCAAUCAGGAAGAGGCAAGUGUCCAGACGCUGGAAGGCUGUGAAAUCCUCCUUGGCCCAGAAGUGACAUACGGUCCUCCAGGUCUUGACCUCUUCUGUCCACUUGCCAUGACCAUCGCCCAUUGUGCCGAAGUGGAUGCCGAGAACUGGAACAUUCAGCUUAAGAGGAAAACCCUGGACAGUAAAUGGGAGGAAGUGAUGUCAGUGGAGGAGGACUCCACUUCCUGUUACUGCCUGAUGGACUCGACCAGCUGCCACCUGCUGCUGGACCAGCCUGGCUCGUACGCCCUGGUGGGUGAACCUCUGACACAGGCUGCUGUCAAGAGGCUGAAGCUGGCGGUGUUUGGGAGCAUGGAGGCUGGCUCCAUGAGCUACAGCCUGCGGGUGUACUGUGUGGACGACACGCCACAUGCUUUUCAGGGAGUGGUGGCCGCAGAGAGGACCAGAGGGGGUCAGCUCCUCGAGGAGCCAAAGAUGUUGCCUUUCCUAGCGAACACCUUCAGCCUCCAGGUGUCGAUCCAGGAUGUUCCUCAGUUCCUGUGGAGCAUCAAACCCUUCACCACAUGUCAGGAAUUCUCCUUCCCCCAAGUGUGGUGCAGCAACCAGCAGCCCCUGCACUGUGCCUUCUCUCUGGAGAGAUACAGCCCUGCCACUGCUCAGCUCUCCUGUAAAAUCAGCGUGCGCCAGGUCAAAGGCCACGAGCAGAUCCUGCAGGUCUACACAGCUGUGACUGAGGUUGAAAAGGACUCGGUUCCAUUUUUUAUGCAGACAGACUGCACCAUCACAUCCCAAACGGGUCCCAAGGCCUUCAAAAUCCCCCUGUCCAUCCGCCAGAGGAUCUGUGCAAACUUCGACACUGCCAACGCCAAGGGCAAGGACUGGCAACUCUUAGCCCAGAAACUACACUUAGAUCGAAACCUGGGCUUCUUUGCAAAGCAGCCGAGUCCCUCUGCAGUCAUUCUGAGCCUGUGGGAGGCUCGCCACCAGGACUCUGCUGAUCUCGACUCUCUAGCCAGCGCCCUGGAGGAGAUUGGCAAGAUCCACUCCAAAAGCUUCCCAAAGGACCAGGAUGAAGCAGAGCCGGACAUCAAUCACAUUCACGUAGGCAGUCUGUGUGGAACAGGAAAGGGCGAGGACUCGGCUCCUGAAUACACAGGCUGAGCUUGCAGGCUGACGGACUUAGGCGUGCAUGUGUCUGCGCACGUGGCCGGCAAUGGGUGACACGCUGCGGUGGUGCGCUGGAAGGUCGGGAGGUUGUCGGUGGACGGACAGUGCCAGCGGUCAACCUGCCGAGCGAUCGCAACAGGCCGAGGAGGGCCAGCGCCUGCUGUGGAUCUACCCUUCUCUCCUACAAUCUGCCCAAGGAUAGACUGUAAAUCUUUUUCUGCUUCUCCGCUCAGUUCUGAAGCUUCUUUUUUAACUUAUUAUUUUAACAUUCUUUAUUAGUUGAUUCGUUUUCAUCCAAUAUAUUUCUGAAUCUGUUUUAGACUAAAGAUGUUUCCCUUCUCGUCCCAGCUGGACGAAGCUGUAUAGAGGUUUUUCUAUGCAGAUAAGUAGAAACAACUGUGGAGUUGUUUUUCUCUGACCUGUUUUUGAUUUAGACACCUCUUUUCUUUGCUUAACAGCUACUUCUUUCAUCCUCCUGUUUUCACUGUUUAAAGGAAAGCUGCUGAUUGCUUAUAUAUUGUGACUUUUUUUUUUUUUUGUCUUGUUAAAAAAAAAAAAAAAGAAGGAAGAAAAUCCCAAAAGUCUACUGGAAGUUUGUCACAUUACCAUUUGUAAAAAAAAACAAAACAAAACAAAAAAAAGGCAGUCAUGUUAUCAGAAAAGAAGCUGUGGCGUAAUGUGGUCGAGGAAGAUUUCUAACCGCGGCUUUACAGUUCAUUAGUUUCCUGCACUGGCAGACAGACUGUAAAACAUCACUUCCUGACACCGUGGGGAGCAUAACGCCGCAUUUUAUCACCCCAUUCCCACCAAUAACGGUUGCCAGACCGCAUAUCAGACCAUGGCGCACCCGACUGUCCCUUCAGCUCCCUCCCUCUAACACACACACGUGCAGAGUUGAGCGGUGACAUGUCAUGGCUGCAGAGGUCAUGUCUGUACACAUCUUGUACAACAGACAUGAAAGGAGAGCUGAUGGUGUCAGAAACAUGUUGUAGUCACACAUCUGUUCAAACGCUGAGGAAAGAGGAAACUUUUCAGUAAAUGAAAAGCAUCCAUGAAAAGUUUUAAUGUGUGAAGCUGAAGUUUGGAGGACAGUUUUAAUCAUUUGUUUUACACACCAGUUUUAAUCAUCUACAGCUAAAUGAAUGACAUGUAUUCAGCAGCCAGGGGACAGUGCAGAGGUGCAGACAGAACAGGGAUGUCACGAUUACAGAUGUUCUUUCUACUGUUAUUAUCAGAGAAAUAAUCACAAUUUUAUGAAUUUUAUGUGUAAAUUAUUUCCCAACAUUAGAUGUGUAAAGUCCUAUAAACAAUCCUCAUAUGCCUUUAAGUUUAUUUCUUUCUUUUCUGAUCUUUUGAUGGCAACAUAAUAAUAUAGCAGCAAAGUUUAAGGUCCCAUAUUAUGCAAAAUUCACUUUCUAAAGGUUUUCUAACAGUCCUGUGUGUCCUCAUAGCCUGCAUAUGUGGCCCAAAAAUGAGAAAAUUCUGUCACCUCUCUCACUUGCUUGCUCCAGUUUUUACCAAAAGUGAGUCUGAGAGCUUUCCCUUUGUGACAUCACAUAAGGAAAUAACAACUGCCCCUGGUAUUGGAUAUUGUCAUUGACCCCUUGUUUUAAUAGCAAAACUAUACAUUAAAAAAAAUGUAGAGUUUUGGGUUUUUCUCUUCCCUAUAAUGUGACGUUCAGUGAGUGCCGCUUGACUCAUCACGUUGCGCUGUAGGUCGACCCGAGUCAUACACAAUUCCAAUAUUGCACCAUAUCAUUUCAUUUCAGUGUUAUGUUAGGUAAACAUUAGCAUCAUCAACCCAGUUACUGUGUAUUUACUUUUAGUGUAUGAAGCUGGUGAUUAUCCUGCAGGUGGUGAAACAUAUUUCAUGUACUUUUCCUCUAUUCACUGCAACUAUAUGCUUUAAAUAAAAGAUGAGCCAAGACACCCCACAUUUGGGAGGACAUUAUGAGGAAUUACAGACUACUGCGCCAUCCUAAUUAUAAAUUAAAAACAUCUAACUUUGAUUACUUAAUCCAAUUGUUUUGAGGGAAUAACUCUUUCUCUGCCAACAGGCCUCAAAGCAACAGAGCUGGUAACACACGAAAGUGGUAUAACUUGGUUUGUAUUCCAUGUGCUGAUCUGCAGACAUGGUUCAGACAUAAUCCAUAAUGGAAAAUGACUAUAUUGAGGGAUCUCUUUGGUAAAUUAAUUGUGGUAUUUAAAGUCACGAUUAAUUGUGAAAUCAAGUAAUCAUGACAUCUUUAGACAGAAAUCACACUGUGAGAGUCAAAUGUGGAAAGUAACCCAGGCUACGUGUUCUGUAAAUGUGUUUAAGUGUAGCUUAAAGAUCAUUGUGGCAGUUUUCACUGAGGGCAUGCACAAAUCAGCCAAAUCAUUAAAGCAGGUAAAGUGACCAACUAACUGCAUUAUGAUGGGAAAACCACUGGAAUGAGGGUUUUAGGAUUUUUAACAACAGAGUGAGAGAUGUAUGUUCAAAAGCAGGAAAUGUACUUGUAGGAGGAUGUAUGUAAAGCAUGUCAUUACACGCCAUUUUUUAAUUAACUUUCUGUAUUAUACUUAUUUGUUCAUUUAAAAAAAAAAACAUUUCCCAGUUCAAUCACAGGAUCUGUGCGAAUCAAGCGAAACUUAGAGAGCCCAGUUACAGCUUGAAACUUUUAUGAAUCAGGAUGUUAACUCUGCCGUGUUUCCCAUCUCAUACUCAUCACAGUAUCUGAAGCCAUGUGCCGACACGCAGCAUGUGUUACAGAGGAACGUGCAGGCAAGUUAUAGCACCCAGUUAAUCCACUGUUUGCUUCGUCCACACCCAAGUCUCUGAUACCUACAUAUCCCAGAUUCCCUCCAAUCUCUUCUUUCAUACUAACAAUCGCUGCUGUAUUAAGAGUUCAAAGCAGUGACCAAGAAGGAAACACUGCUGGGUGCUGUAAGGAAAUCAGAAGAAAAGCAAUUUUUCAUCUUCAAAUAGAAAACCCCCAACCGAGACCGACUUGCAUAACUGAUUUACAUUAUUUAACCUUUAAAGAUAAUGAUUCCGGCUCCUUCUUGCCUACGGUCUGAUUCUAUGUCUCAGAUUCUUUUUGUCUUGCUUUUUAAGGGAAAAAAGGGAGCUACAUUAAUUUAGCAAAUGUCUCAGUGGUUUAUCAGGAAUAAGUUGGCGACUUUGAAUGAAUCGCUGAGUAUUUUUGACCUGAUAUGGUAAAUGCGGCUCCAUCCUGUCAUGCUGAAGAAUUGUUUUUAUUUCCCUGCAUCUCCUCUAUGCAUUUCUUAUCAAAUUCUAAUAAUUUUUAUGUGAUUUAAACUAGUAAGUGACAGAUGUGAAAGGUUUUUUUUUCCUUCAACAUGAUUGUUUCCUUAAUUGUGACUGAUUUUUUUUUUAUGCAAGCAAAGAGUGUUAAAAUGGAAACAUGUGCUUCUGUGAUACUUAGCCGUGGCUUAUGUUGCAUCGAGAGCGUCCUGUUCGUACGGUAAACCCUGCCACGCUUGACAUUCCCCUCCGGUUUGAAUCUGAAGCUGCUGUGACUCAGUGUGUUCAAAUCCAGUUACAAACCCCAUUUCCAGAAAAUCUGGACAACUUCUAGCAAUCAGAACUUCAUUCUGAAUCUUUAACAUUUAACAGACACAAAACACAGGUACAUGAAAUGAUUUUCAACUUUAUUGUAAUUAAAAUUCAGAAUUUGAUACAGCAACACACUCAAGGGAAGGACUAAAUGGAACUACAGAUUAAAAUUUGACUGAAGAGCUAAAUCUGGACCAUUUUCCAUUACAUAAAUAAAAAAAAAAAGAAAGAUAGUUUCUGGAGUAUAAAAGUAACAUCAUUCCAAGGAUUGUGCAAUGAGACUAACUGGUGAGGGCGCCAGGAUUGGGUAUAAAAAGGGUGUCCACCAAUGUUUCAAGCUUUCCAAGUU